GCCCUCCUUACUGGGAAGUUGUCCGCAGCGCGAAGCGGCUUCAUGGCGUCCUGCUGACAGGAGUCCGACCAGCUGACUGCGCUGCUAUCUGUUACACAGCGAUGAAAGCCCUGCUGGUUCUGACAGUUUAAGAACUGUUCCGAAUUUAAAGUGACGGACUGAGAGGACCGGAAGAGAGCGGAAGGCACCGGAAGACGGAGCGAUCCGAGGAUGGCAGGAGUGUUUGACAUCGACCUGGAGACGGAGGACGGCAGCGACACAGAGGAGGACGCGUGUGAGGUGACAGUUGUUGAACCUGACAGCGGUCAGACGGAGGAGGUGGAGCUGACCAGUGAAAACGUGAACAGAGACAGCGAGAGAGUUGGACCGGACUGCUUCGAGCUCCUCACCGUUCUGGGCAAAGGGGCCUAUGGCAAGGUUUUCCAAGUGAGGAAGGUUCAAGGUCCCCAAACAGGAAAGAUAUUCGCCAUGAAGGUCCUGAAGAAGGCUAAGAUCGUCCGUAACGCCAAAGACACGGCUCACACCCGAGCCGAGCGCGAGAUCCUGGAGAAGGUCAGACACCCGUUCAUCGUGGACCUGCUGUACGCCUUCCAGACGGGAGGAAAGCUCUACCUCAUCCUGGAGUGUCUGAGCGGAGGAGAACUGUUCAUGCAGCUGGAGAAGGAGGGAAUCUUUAUGGAGGACACGGCCUGCUUCUACCUGGGAGAGAUCACGAUGGCCCUGGGUCACCUGCACUCCAACGGGAUCAUCUACCGAGAUCUGAAGCCUGAGAACAUCAUGCUGUGUCAUCAAGGGCACAUCAAGCUGACUGAUUUUGGCCUCAGUAAGGAGUCCAUCCAUGAUGGAACCAUCACACACACCUUCUGUGGCACCAUCGAGUAUAUGGCUCCAGAGAUCCUCACCAGGUCGGGUCACAACCGAGCCGUGGACUGGUGGAGCCUCGGCGCGCUGAUGCACGACAUGCUGACUGGAUCGCCUCCGUUCACAGCUGAGAACAGGAAGAAGACCAUCGACAAGAUCCUGAAGUGUAAAGUCAGUCUUCCUCCGUACAUCACGUUCGAAGCCAAAGACAUGAUCAAAAAGCUGCUGAAGAAGAAUCCGGCUCAGAGACUCGGCUCUGGGAAAGACGACGCCGCUGAUAUCCAGAAACAUCCGUUCUUCAGACACAUCAGCUGGGAGGAGCUGCUGAACAAGCGAGUGGACCCACCGUACAAACCGCAACUGCACUCUGAGGAAGACGUCAGCCAGUUUGACACCAGGUUCACCAGACAGACGCCGGUGGACAGUCCGGACGACACCAGGCUGAGCCACAGCGCCGAGCUCGCCUUCGCCGGGUUCUCCUUCGUGGCGCCGUCGGUCCUCGAGAGUCUGAAGGAAGGAUUCUCGUUUGAGCCGCGAUCGCGUCACGUCCGCCGCCACAACAGCAGCCCGCGCACCCCCAUCAGUCCUCUGAAGUUCUCUCCGGCCGGGCCCUUUAAGUCCAGCAUGGACGGGGAAGCGGACCUGUUCUCCCCCACGUCUCCGCCCGCCGCUCCGCCUCCCGGCCCGCUGGAGAACGGCGCGGCGAGUCGGCCCAUCAAGACGCCUUCCAGGAACAAGAAGAAGAAGGAGCAUCGCAGAUGAGGCCCAGGAAAACCAGAGGGAUUCUGUCUGCUCCAUGGAUCAUCGUCUGUCGGCUCAUUUCUUCAGGUUUCCUUUAAAGCUCUGAAGAAACCAAACGCUAAAUCCUGUAGACUGAGGCUCCGCUGUACAGGAACUCCUUCUAAAUCUAAUUAAAGGAGAAGAAGGCAUUGAUUUUCCUUUAGCAGCUUCCCUGCGUGUUUAUGGGGUCGAGUUGGGAUUUGUGAUGGAUGGACUGGAAACUGUGUAGUUUAAUUACAGAGACAGGAAGCUCUGAUUUAAGGUUUUCCAGUAAUGAGUCUGUCAGAGGUCGACAGGAAGUUAAACUUUAACCCUUCUGUUCUUUUAGUGGCUUUUAUUUAUUUCUGCAUGUAAAAAGAAAACGUGAUGACAUCAGUCUGCCUGUUGGUUCUGUUGAGAACAUUUAACCAAUCAGAGCAGACUGGGCCUUAAAGAGACAGGAGCUAAAAACUCAAUAGGAAAAACAAUCACUGUCUUCAGCUUUGAAAUGAUGAGUUUGUAAAUUAUAACACAGAUUCUUUAAUGACUGUAUACAGAAAUCUGCUGAAUGAUCCACGCGGCAGGAUGUCAUGUUUGUCUUUUCUUUUUUCUCUGGAUCUUCAUGUCUGUUGCCAAACUUGUUCUGAUUGGACCGAUGGACCGAUGGACCGGUCCUAUCAGAAACCAAACCGUUGAUCUCACAGAAGCUGUUACUACAACGUUAAACCGCGUUGGUGACGGAUCAGAGGUGUUUAGUUCCCCUUCAGUCCAACCAGCAGGGAAUCACUCAGGAAGCUCCUCUAAACGGGAAUCAGGACGAUCCGGAUGAUCAGGGACAGUCUGGUUCUGGUCCGAAUAUUUCCUGUUUUAUCAAAAAUAUUUUCUUCAAAGUUUGUAUCUUUUUCUUAGCAUUUGGCAGAACUUCCCUUUAAACGGACUUGGGUCGAAGGUUUUGGGUUUCCUUCCACAAGCCUCUCAGAGAAGUUUGCUGGAAAUUUGAGCCGUUCCUCCCAACAGAACCGGUGGAACCGGGUCGGAUCCGCCCAAACGUUGUCCUGAAGUUUGGUCUGCUGAGUUUUCUUGCGUUAGGAAGACGGUCUGAGCAUCAACCUCCUCAGUCAUGUUGCUUCAAUGUUUCAAAAUGACUCUGUUUACUUUGUGAAGCGCACCGGUUCCUCCUGCAGCCAAAGGUCCAGUUUUCACUCCAUCAAACUUCACCAGCCUGAGGGAACUCUGGUUCUGGUUCCGCUUGGACUGGUGGCUUCUUCCUCUCUGAGCGGCUUUUCAGCCCAGGGGUUUGCUUCACACCGAGUCUCCUCCAGGUCUUUAACUGGACCCGUUUCAUACCAGAACCUGUUGGUCUGUGGGAGACAGAACCGGUCCUCACCGGAUCAGAACCAUGGCUGACCACAGAACCGUCUGAACUCUUCUUUUAUCUUGACUGAUUUCUUAUUUUUUUGUAAAUUGGUCAUGAUGUCACACUAGGAAGCGGUUUGUUCAAAGUGCUGUUUACCUCAGGUGAUGUGAAUGAACCAAUCAUUGGCUUAUAAAGCUGUGACAUCAUCAGCUGGCCUUGCCUUAGUGCACAGGUAUCAAACUCCAGGCCUCCAGUCGCUGUCCUGCAGGUUUCAGAUGAGCCACAGGUACAAAACACUGGAAUGAAACGGCGUAAUUACCUGCUCCUGUGUAGGUCAGUUCUCCAGGACCAGGACCAGAACCAGAACCUGGAACAGGACCAGGACCUGGACCCAGAGUCUUAAUGACCUGAUUAUUCUGUCCAGGUGGUUCAGCAGAGGAACAUCUAAACGUUGCAGGACAGCGGGCCUCCAGGCCUGGAGUUUGAAACCUGUUUUUUAAAGGGACAGUAAUCUGUAGGUGUAUGUAAAUUUCUGACUUCAAACAAAGUAAAAUUAAUCUGGAUUUGAUCAAAUUGAAAUGGUCAUUUUAACCAAAAAAUAAAAUAAAAUUCAGGGUCAUUUAAUGUCAGACAGUGAAGAAAAAUCAUUUAGGUGCAGAUGAAGAGGUUUUCUUUUGUUUUGGCAAAUUUCAGGAGGCAUUUGCAGCCUAAAAUAUUUCAAGCAUUAAAAAUGCAUUAAGUAUUUAUUUUAAUGUUGACAUUUUUCUCUUCUUAUUUUUCAAAAUUCUGAAUAAUUUUAAGCUCUUCCUCUGAGUGAAUCCAUGAACUGAUAUUAUUUAUGUAAAUGAAUUUAUGUAAAACUGAAUUCUGUUUGCAGCAGCGGUAAAAAGCCGGUGCCAGUUCUGAUCCGGCCUGGUUUUAGUUCUGGUCACAGAACUGAAACCAGUUUGAACCAGUUAAAACUCUUCAGAUUUCCUGGGAUGUUUUAUCAGAGUUGAAAUGGCAGAACAGCUUUCGCUCUAUCGCUGUGAAGUGGAAAGUUUUUCGGCUGAACAGCUGCUCUGAAUUUAUCGAUUAAACGUCAAUAAGAUAAAAUCCGCCAGCAGGCUGAGAAACUUUUCACUAUUUAAUGUUUUUGUUCCUCCAGGAUCAGUUAAUAACCUCAGAGUGACGACAGGCUCAUAAACUGUCCAGGCCCACCGCCCAACUUUAAAUAAAUCCAGUUUUCUGUUGUUAAUUCAGACUGAAAAUCGAUCAAACAUAACCACAGGAAUUAAAACUGAUAUUUAAACUUUUUUUUUUUGCAGUUCCAUCUUUAGAUAUUUUCAGGGUUUUGAAACGUGUGAGCUUCCAUUUGGUUUUAAUUUAGUUUUUUAAAGUUGUUUUCUUGUCUGCAGUGUUUGGAUCAGCCUCAUAACCUCUGACUGGGUCACGUCAGAAAAUGAUUUAGUUAAUUGGGUUUUGUUUAUUUAUUUACAUAAUUAAUUGUUACUAUGAAGAGGUUUUGUCGUGGUGACAAAGGAAUAAUGCACCUCUGGAAUUGUACAGAUCUGUAAACACUAAAGAACAAAAGGUUUAUAUUUGGGAUCGUUUUCUGGUUCCUCUAACUGAUGAAUGUUGUGAAUAAAUCUGAUUUUCUGGGA